AUGUCUGACAACAAGGUCAACAUGUCUCUUGACGACAUCAUCAGCUUGAACAAGAAGAAGCGACCGGCAAAAACCAAUGGAGCAAAGCCUGGAUUCAAGCAUGGACUUUCCGUUAGUUUUCCCGAAUAAUUUAAAGUCAAUUUCAAAUAAUUACAGGGACGUGGUGGCGGCGCCCGUCGUGGACGUGGCAAGGCCACGGUGGCCGGUAACAACCGCGGAGCUCUUCGAUCAGCUGCUCUGCUGAAAAAGAAGGCUCUGAAACGUGUUGGCGGCCCGGCUAACACCGUACAACCGGGUGUCAACCAGGCCACCAAAAAACUGGUGCAGCAGCUCGUCAACGUUCGUAAUUAUUUUAUAAUGAGACCUGAAGAUCAAGCGUUUCCAUAUACCACUAGUCAAUAAUAAUUCAUUCGCAUGUGCUUUUUUCCGUGGGUUUUUUUUUCGAAGCAAAGAGCCGUUUCAGUGACAAGUACUGAGAUAUGUGGAAAAGUUUGAAAAUGCCUAUCAAAAUCAACUCCCGAAAAAAUAUUCAAUGUAGAUUUUACAGAAAGCACUGAGAAACACAAGGACUGCACCGAAUGUUCGCCCGAGAGUGAUUCGCCGCCGCGGCGUACGUUUUCACUAUCUUGCUCACUGGGCGACGUGAGGCUCCUGAGUCAGAAGAACCGGAAAUUGGCCACAAAAUCAUCGAAAAAUCGUCACCAACUGUAGUUCCUGAAUGAGAGACGGACACAGCGUGGAUGACGCUUCCAUUUUUCGGUGGCUGAAAACUUCUCGAGCUACCAACAUCAGCGAGAAAAGCCAACAAGGCCCAUGUCCAUCAUCAUACGAAUCAAAUUUUGACCCUCCGUUCUUCCUUCAAAUCAGCCUUUACUUGGAACCGAUAAUAGUUGCAUUUCUCCUGGGACGUUUUCGGUGUUGGCGGAAGGUUGUUGCAAUCCAUCCACCACGGCGGAAUUCUCCGGCGACUCACCGAGCCCCCUUGCCGUCUCCGGAUGAGCAAGGUAAGAAUCAUGGAAAUUUGUAGGGUCUGGCCGCUAGCAACGUUGGUCUCCGCGCAAACGCCCUCAACAGAAUCCUGCCCCGCUCGAAGACGAUCGUCCGUCGGGAGAUCGUUCCCGUCACUCGCAGAGUUCCAAUUGUGAAUACUUCAGACUUUUCUAGGAAGAUUAGGGACUCAAUAACCUCAAAGCUUCGAUUUUUAGUCAGUUAGAUAGACACUUUAGAAAAGAAGUUUUCUUUUUUUUUAACGUAGGGUAAAAAAAAAAAAUUUAAAAGAGGAGGCAGGGAAAAAGAAUUUUCAGUUGACUUUUUCCUUGUAUUUUCUGAAUGUCCUUAUUCAUCAUUGAUCUUUGUGAAAUUUGGAAAAUAGAUUUCUUUCAGCGCGCUCGGCCGGCGUUCAGAGAAGUCGAGUACGAGGAGGAGCCGGAAGAAGAAUAGUUUGUGCAGCCUUGCGAGUGUUUAUUCAAUGUCUCGAUUUUGUAGCAUCGAGGAGGUCGCUGGACCAUCCCGCAGACUGAUCACUCAAGUGCCCCGGACCCGCGUCGCGCAGCCAGUUCGUCAGCCGGUCGUCAUCCAACGCGUCAUUCAACGAGCUCCGCGUCAGCAGCAGCAGAUUAUUCGCCGUCAAGUUCCAGUCCAGCAAGUCAUUCAGCGUGUCCAGCGUCAGCCACAGGUCCGCACAUGCUUGAAAAAGAAAAAAAAAAGAAACAAAGGGUAAAGCAAGUUGCGAAAAUGGUCUUCGAGCGAUUAUUCUAUGAUAAGACGUUUUUAGAUACAAUAUCUCUAAAAUCUUUUUUUAUUUUUAUUCUUUUUUACUUGACAUAGCUUUUUUUAAAUGAUAAAGUUGUAAACUAAUUGAAUUUUUUCAGAGAGCCGGAAGAGUUGUUCAAUGGUCUUCAGCGCAGAGAGGUUUCCCGGCUCGCCGUGGAAAUAACAAUCGCCAGUUCGUGGAGGUUACCCGCAAAAACGACCGUUUCCGUGAGGCUAUGGGACUUUCUGGACCCCGCAGACAGACCAGAGUUGUCCAUGAGGUUCGGUUAUUAUUUUUUUCCUCGAAAAUCAUUUUCCAUCUUUCAGGUUCAAAGAUUCGAGCCCGUUUACGCUACUGAAAGAAUCACGCGCCGAGGCCGUGGUUUCAUCGAUUAUCAAUGA